CUCGUAUUUGCUUAAUAAUAAUAAUAAUAAUAAUAAUAAUAAUAAUAAUAAUAAACUCUACCAAAAACCAUGGAUGAAGAAUAUGAUGUAAUUGUUUUGGGCACUGGUCUCACGGAAUGUAUUCUCUCUGGGAUCAUGUCUGUGAAUGGCAAGAAAGUUCUUCACAUGGAUCGGAAUCCGUACUACGGAGGGGAGAGCUCCUCAAUAACGCCUCUUGAAGAGCUGUACAAGCGGUUUGGAAUUCCUGACAGUCCUCCAGAAUCCAUGGGCAGAGGGCGGGACUGGAAUGUUGACCUCAUCCCCAAAUUCCUCAUGGCAAACGGCCAGCUGGUGAAGAUGCUGCUGUACACAGAGGUGACCCGGUACCUCGACUUCAAGGUGGUGGAAGGGAGCUUCGUCUACAAGGGAGGGAAGAUCUACAAAGUGCCGUCCACUGAGACAGAGGCGCUGGCCUCCAAUUUGAUGGGAAUGUUUGAGAAACGCAGGUUCAGGAAGUUCCUGGUGUUCGUGGCCAAUUUCGACGAGAGCGACCCCAAGACUUAUGAGGGAGUGGACCCCAAGCUGACCACCAUGAGGGAUGUUUACAAGAAGUUUGACCUGGGUCAGGAUGUGAUUGAUUUCACUGGCCAUGCGCUGGCGCUUUACAGAACAGAUGACUAUCUGGACCAGCCUUGCCUGGAGACUAUUAACCGCAUCAAGCUGUAUAGCGAGUCCCUGGCACGCUAUGGCAAAAGCCCCUACCUGUACCCUCUGUACGGGCUGGGGGAGCUGCCUCAGGGAUUUGCCAGAUUAAGCGCAAUUUAUGGAGGGACAUACAUGCUGAACAAACCUGUGGAGGAGAUCGUUACAGAGAACGGUCAUGUCGUCGGAGUCAAGUCAGAGGGAGAGGUGGCGCGCUGUAAACAGCUGAUCUGCGACCCCAGCUACUUGCAGGAGCGCGUGCGGAAGGUAGGUCAGGUGAUCCGGGUGAUCUGUGUGCUGAGCCACCCCAUCAAGAACACCAGCGAGGCCAACUCCUGCCAGAUUAUCAUCCCGCAGAACCAGGUCAACCGCAAGUCAGAUAUCUAUGUAUGUAUGAUCUCGUAUGCUCACAACGUGGCAGCCCAGGGGAAGUACAUUGCCAUUGUGAGCACCACAGUGGAGACCAGCGAGCCGGAGAAAGAGAUUGAGCCAGCCCUGGAGCUACUGGAGCCCAUCGACCAGAAGUUUGUGGCCAUCAGUGACCUGUACGAAUCCACAGAUGACGGCAGUGAGAGUCAGAUCUUCUCGUCUCGCUCCUAUGAUGCCACCACUCAUUUCGAGACCACCUGCAACGACAUCAAAGACAUCUACAAGAGAAUGACAGGAAGUGACUUCGACUUUGAGAACAUGAAGCGCAAACAGAACGACGUCUUCGGGGAGGAUGAGCAAUAGAGAGGGGACUGCCCACCCCAACGAUGAUGUCAUUUCAAACACACCCCCGACUCCAUUCCACUAGUAGAGCUGGCACUUUCUUACCUGGACAGACACUUGUCUGCUGGAUUGUUUGCUCUUAGCAUUAGCCCAUCUAUAGAAACCUGACACCUGUCACCCCUCAGCUACACAUACUCAGUCGUUCUGAAUAUAGAAACAUUAAAAGAAACUUAGUACAAUCAGUGACAAACAUUUCUAUAUGGAAAAAGACUUCUAGGAGAAAUGUUUGCCAUUGAAUUUAUUGUCACUUUGUAUUUCAACUUUCAGCAUACCGCCGCGUUGAAAAUUGAACAAUUUAAAAUAUAAUACCUGCCAUGCCAUUAAAUGUUAUAAUCUAUAUUAGCAAUUUCCUUUAAUAUACAGUUUAGAACAUUUGUUUACUAUUUUGGACCAGGUUAAAAAUCACCUUUCAGAAUUGCCUGAACGCUGCAAAUUCAGCCCUGGCUACUACUGAGGAACUAAAACACUCACAUCCACAAAACCCAGAUUCAAAUUAGACACAUACAAUCACUUCUGCAUUAGAAACUAUUAGAAACUAUUAACAGAAACUACACUUAGUGUCAUAAUGUCAAUGACAAAGCAUUGUAAAUGUUUAAACCACAACACACACACAUAUAUAUAUAUAUAUAUAUACAUAAAACGUGAAAUACAUUAACAUGGGUCUGUUUUUAUGUGUGCUCUUAGCUUGAUUAGAGGCAUCUGUGUAUUAUUUUCAGUACUGACCCACAGCAGUCAUUGAAAAGCAGCACUUCCAAAAAGCCUUGCGUUAAAUACAUUCCAGGAAAAACCAGGACGGGUGUCAACUCUACGUCUCCUUCUCUCUUCCAACUCUUCUCUCUCCCAACUCUGCGUCUCUCACAAUUCUACGUCUCUUUCCCAACUUUCCUUCUCUCUCCCAACUCUGCAUCUCUUCCAACUCCACGUCUCUUCCAACUCUUCUCUCUCCCAACUCCACGUCUCUCUCCCAACUCUGCAUCUUUUCCAACUCCACGUCUCUUCCAACU